AUGGACGCGUGGAGCUUGUUCCUUAAGCAGCGGACAACAGAGUCCACUGGCAUCCAUACCCAUUCCAACUGGCAAUGGGUCUUUCGGUGUCAUAAGCAGCUGCAGACGCAGCUAACCUCGGAUCUGUUCGAAAGGCAUUCGAGGAAAGACGCCCAGAGGACAGUCAAUCUGGACUUUGACGCGCGAGUUCCCAUCCCAUUCAGUGUCUUCCCGUCGUCGUACCGGAGUGACGCUGUCUCUGAGACUACUACUCUGACCGAGAGAGUAGAGGGAGAAGCCAAAUUUGACCGCACUUCGCGCGUCGAACGGGAAGAUACUCGAAUCACUACUUCUCUCCCGGACUCUCAAGUCUACGGAAAGGAGGAAGUCGAUAUUCGCUAUCGACCCGCUGCUGCCAACACCUACAACCAGGCUCAGGCUCAGGUUCAAGCUCCGUCGUCCUACGAGCGUUUCAGCGAGAAGCGUUAUCCGGAGGUAGAUCUCGCCCGCGAAAGUUACCGCCAAUCCAACACUGCUGUUGCCCGCGAGGAAGCUCCCGCCGUUUACGACCAGGCUCUGUCCAACCAACUCGACAUCACCGAGAGAGAGUACCGUCGUCGCACCAACCCGACCUACGACGUCAACGUCUCUCACGACUCCCGCUACCAGUCCACCGUCGACGACUCCUUCGACGACUACAAGUCCCGCACUCUUGACGUCUCCUAUUCUCGCGGCUUUCAGUCCCAGACAGAAGACGAGUACAGGGAUAACACCAACACCUACACCUACGACCGCUCCUACAAGCCCCUGCCUGCCGUCGAGUCUUACCGCCCGACUUCUUACGCCCGCAAGGAGAUCGACACCGUCACCACCAGCGCCCCUAGGAACACCUACUACCCUUCCCCUGCCUCCCAGACUACUACCGUCCAGUCUACCGUGAAGGAAGAAGCCCCUGCUCGCAAGAUGGGUUACUACGACGACGAGGGUCACUACCACUCCUUCCGCCGUGGCGUGGAGCGUGUUGCCAAGAGCAUCGUCCACCCCCACGAGGAAGAGGAGAUCGUCGUCUCCGAGGGAGGCCCUGCCCGCUACCGGGAUGGACUCCGCGAGGAUGUCCGCAUUGUUGAGCCCCGUGGUGGCAGCAACGCCGAGACCGUCCCCAUCCCCUGCCACUUCAUCCGCAUUGGUGACAUCCUCAUCCUCCAGGGCCGUCCCUGUCAGGUGAUCCGUAUCUCCGUCUCUCCCCAGACUGGCCAGCACCGCUACCUCGGUGUUGACCUCUUCACCCGCCAGCUGCAGGAGGAGUCUAGCUUCGUAUCCAACCCGUCGCCCUCGGUUGUUGUCCAGACCAUGCUGGGUCCCGUCUACAAGACCUACCGCAUCCUGGACCUCCGUGACGAUGGCAAGAUCGUCGCCAUGACCGAGACCGGUGAUGUCAAGCAGGGUCUCUCCGUCAUCACCCAGGGCAACCUCUUCAAGAGGAUCCGCAAUGCCUUCUCCGAAGGCCGCGGCAGUGUCCGUGCGCUCGUCAUCAACGAUGGUGGCCGUGAGCUGGUUGUUGACUUCAAGGUCAUCCAUGGUUCCAGACUGUAA